AUGGACGCGGACGCUAGCCUAGUCGGCUCUCUCGUCGACAGGCUGGCCACGAGGCUGCCCCAUCGCACAGGCACGAAUGGCUCGACGCUGCCCGACGACAACAUCCUCUCCGUCACGCGCGCCACUCUCGUCGAGUUUAGCAAGGUCUCCAUAGAAACCGUUCUCGAAUCGCUCCUCAGCCUGCUCGAGGGGCUCGCGCGCCCCUUUGAGACCGUCUCGUCUCACCCCAACCAUGUGCUCCUCUCCGAGCUCCACGUCUUGGCCCUCGCCGCCGAUUGCUGCUCGGCCAAGUGGAAGAGCCUGAAGCACGGUGUCAAGAGCGACGCCCGGGGCGACGAUGGCGAUGUGGACGACGAAGACGACGACAACGACGACGAUGAGACAGAAGACGACGACGACGACGACGACGACGAUGUACCGCGCCCACCACCCCUCGACAAAGUCCUCGUCAAUCGCAUCCUCGACGCCCUCAAGAGGCUACUCGAGCCUAUACCAGACGAGUACCAGCUCCCCCCGUCCACGCUUCUGGACCAGGUCUCGCAGCGCAACGUGACGAUCCCACGACUGCACCAGCCCAAGAACCCGACAGCCGCCUCCGAGCUCCUUGACGCGCACCUGGCCGAGCUCGACACGUACGUCAAAGUGGUGAUGGAGUACGUCACGGCGUCCAGCUGGAAUGCAUCCUUCGACUACUUCAGAAAUGCCAUCUACGCGAUACGAAGCAGCAUGGCUGCAGGUGGCCUAGAUGCCCCCAAGUCCGCCGUUGACGCGGAAGUAUCCGCGCUAGUUGUCGUCCGGUUGCUGUCCUUCUUCUGGGUGGACGGGCCCAAGUUGCGUCUUGUGAUCCAGGAGAUAUGCUCGAGCUAUCUGCACUUCCGCAGGCCAUACCAGGACGCUGUGGCAGUCGUGGUCCCCCUGCUGAUCACCAGGUGGAUUGAUCGCUUCCCGGCUGAAUUCGUGCAGCUUCACGUCCGACGAAGGCGACUCGAUGUAUCCGCCGAUACACUGUUCGACAUGGCGCAACGGGUAUCGGAUGAUGCAAAGCGCCGGAUGCUCCACGUGCCUCUGCAAACCUGUCUAUUGUUCUUGCUUCCCGAUAUCUUUGAGGUGGCAAGUAACCUCAAGGAGGCUAAGAGCGGCGGAAUCGUCAAAAAGGUGUCCUUUUUGGAUGGACUGAAGAAGUCCCUGCGCAACGGUCAUGAAUCAGCCGCCUUUUGCCUCGUGGCUCUGCUACGCGCGGCUCGCCACUUUCACGCUGAGAGUGACGCGGCGCUGGUAUCGUACGCGCUUGACGUGCAGGAUGAAGUGCGCGAAGCCGUCUUCCAGCGACCCAUUUCUGGAGGCCCUUCACCAUCGCCAACACAGUGGCUGGACACAUCGCCAUUCGGGCAGGAGAUUAUGACAGCCGCCUUUGUGGCCCUGGCUCACUUGAAUCUGGACGGCUCUACAGAGCCCUUGGUGGACAGCUGCGUUGCGCGUUCUGCGCCUGACAGUUUCAAAGUGGCGGCUGUUCAAGCCUGCUGCUACUUUGCGCGGCAACCUGAUAAUGCCAAGUACGGUGAACUAUUUGACCAGCUACAGCCUUUCAUGCAAUCGCAGCUGGAAUCCGAGACCAAGUAUGGUAUCGACUCGCGCAAACGAUCCGUCGCGAGCAAAGACGGAGCCGACAUGAUUUGUAGCGUCCUGGACUUCCUGGACGCAGCGCCCCGGCGCCUCAUUACCGGUUCCGUCAGCAUCAACUCACCCACCAACUUCUUCCGCCCUUUCUUGCUCUGUGUCUUGUCGCCCGAGAUAACAAUUCGUCGACGAGCCAUCAGCGUGGCGCAGCGGCUGUUCAAUGACCAUGGAGAGGCGUUCCGCGAGGUCUACAACGGACGGGCCCUGGACAGCAUCACGCUGCGGAAGGACCUGUGGGGACGAAGCUCGAGGGUACUGAUCUCGCUGUGUGAGCGCAUUGCUGCGCAGACGAGCGACUCUGCCCUUUCUACAUUGCACGAUUGCUUGAAGGCACGGCUGUUACUGCUCGAGAACAUCCCAGAACUCUCCGAGGUCCCCAACGACGUCUCAGAUGUCGUGCAAGCCUCGUCGAAGCUGGAGACCAUACUUCUCGUGUCAUUAUGCUCUGCCGACCCCGAGGUAUGCCAGUUGGUGACUUCCUGCAUUGGCAUAUUCUUGGAGGAGUGCUCCGUGAUUGACCAAGUUGCUGAGUCCGCCAAGGCAUCAGCCUCGGUGCUGCGCAAUGGCGACAUUUUCCGCGAGAUCGCGUCACCGGAGUUCCACUUCACGGGCUUGGUUGCCUUUCAGAAACGGAACCGUGGUUUGUUGCGGCGCAUGCAGUUCCCGACAACAGGUAUUCUGAACGCUUGGGAGACGGCAUUCGAUAGAUGGAUACACCUUGCCAAGGAUGUCUCUACCACGAGCACGGAUGCCGUCGAUGACAAGGCACUUGCAGAGUGGCGCAACUUCUCAGGCUUCCUUGCUUCUUUAGGCGGAAUAUGUGUCGCUGACCAGGCUAUCAUCCUGGAAGAACCCGCUCUCGGAGGCUUGAAGUGGAUCGACCGACUCUCCUCGGAGAAUUACGAAGAGACGUUGCUGACGAGAUACCUGCGCCUGAGCAUCCAGCUGCUCGCAUGCGCCAAUGUGCGCGUACGUGAGGCCAUGCGGGAUGUUUUGUCCAGUGAGGUUUCUCCGUCGCUGUAUCAACCCCUGUUCCGCGCUCUGGAGUCUGAACUCGAGGUCCUCUUCACGGGCGCUCUGGCAACAUCUGACAAGGCCCAAGACAGUGAGAUCAUCUUCGCGGAGCAGGGCGCGUCGCUUCUGCGCGCCCUGGUGGAGAGAUUGACAACGCCAUCUGACCUUGGCGCGGCGUCUUCUAUUCAUCUCGGCGUGUUGACGCUGAACUUUGCCAAAUUCCUAGACGGGGUCCCCGAAAGUUCGGACACCCUCAGAGUCAAGAUCCGUGUCUGCCAUCUGUGCGAAGCGGUCACGAAAAGAAAGGAGCAUCUCAAUCUUCGCGACGAUGUGCGAAUACGGAACCAGUUGUUGGAAUGCAUAUUUGGGUGGAUUGCCCGGCCACGAUCAUCACACGCUGAGCACAACGGACACUCAGCUCGCCAAGAUGACAUGGCGCGUCUUCAAAGAGACCUUGAUAAGGCUUGCCUCAGGUCAUUGUCGGAUCUCACCUAUCGCUUGCCCCUUCAGCCAUCCGAAAGCCAGACUGACGCCGGCAUGAGUGAGAUCAAGUCACAGAUGUUCCACACCUACUUCAACCGCUUCCUCUCCUUACUGAAUCAUGAGACUCCAGAGUCGGGCCGCAACGAAGCCACCGUUGGUCCCGCUGUCAGAGAGGAUACCAUCUCGAAUUCCGACCUGGCCAUCACCAUCCUCUCAAACCUCCUCAGCGCCAACAUUGACGUUGGUCUGAAGCAUUCGCUCAGCAUUGGAUACCACGAAAACCCCGAGAUCCGCACAGCUUUCGUGCGCGUUCUGUACAACAUUCUUGUCCAAGGUACCGAGUUCAGCAACUUGACCGACUCUGCUGUGAGCGAGAAGUACGAAGAGCUGCUUGAACUGCUCACAAAAGAUCUGUCCCUCGCUGUUUCCAUGAGCUCCAUCUGCCCGAGCACGGAAGUUGACGAGGUUGCCAUCUGCCUGCUCACCGUAUUCGAGCAACGAGGGCUCACCUUUGAACUGUUUGAGGCUCUGAUCAAGCAGGAGGUAGAAGACACCAACAAUGAGGCGGAGCUUCUCCGGCGCACAUGCGUGCCCACCAAAAUGCUCUCGGUGUAUGCCAAGUGGAAAGGAGCGCAGUACCUCAAAGACACGUUGCAAAAGGUUCUUGAUAGACUCAUGCUCAAUUUCCAAGACCUCGACCUUGAGCUCGAUCCGGCGCGUGUUGGCUCGGCGGAGGAGUCGAAGAAGAAUGCGCUGCAAUUACGCAUCGUGGCAAAGGUAUUCAUUGACAACAUUUGCGCGUCUGCGGCGAGCAUCCCCCCGUCUUUCCGCAAGAUCUGCCACAUCAUCCUCAAUGCGGUCGAGCCACGCUUUCCGGAUGCCAAGUACACUGCGAUCGGCGCCUUCAUUUUCCUGCGGUUCUUCUGUCCCGCAAUCGUCGCCCCGGAUAUCGAGGGGUUGGCCACCAAGGCGCCUACCAAGGAGAUGCGCCGAGGUCUCUUGCUGAUUGCCAAGGUCAUUCAGAACUUGGCCAACAAUGUCCUGUUCGGCGUAAAGGAACCAUACAUGUUUCCGUUGAACGACUUUCUUGUGCAGAAUGUCUUUGACAUCACGGGGUUCUUGCACGAGGUGUCUGUGCCGCCGGAAAAGAUUGAAGGGCCAGCAAACGUGGAUCUGUUCGAUUUCGGUUCAUGCGUAGCGCUGCACCGCUUCCUCUAUGACCACUGGGACCAUGUUCGCCAGACACUCGUCUCUAGGGAGAGACGGGAGUACGUCCGGUCGCCAGGAGAACUAUCGCGUGGCCGCUCGCCGCUGCUCGAACCCAUUCGCAACCUCAUUGCCAACCUCGGACCACCUCCAUUAGCCGUGUCGUGGAAUCGGCCUCUAGUAUCUUCCAACAGUCCACCACUAUACUCCCGAUUCCAGAAUUUCAUGCUGCGCAAUGCUUUCAGGAGCACCGAGUCCUUUUUGACAGCCAGAGCUGUCUAUGAUGGUGGUGAGAGCAGAGACGGGCUCUCCAUCAUCUGCAUCAUCCUCAGGAACAUUGAGGCAGAGGGGAUCGAUCACGACACCUUGCUGUACUGUUACCUCAAAAUUGCGAGCAGGCUUUGGCAUGAACCGUUUGGACUUCUCAUUGAUGCAACAUGCUACAAUGGUCGCAACGAGCCACAAGAUGAGCUGUUUCGCAUGCUCGAACUGCUCACGCCAACAGAGCUGGCGCGCAGUCUUUCCCGAAUUUACGUAUACAACAUGAACAACGCCUUCAAGCGCUGCUUCAGGCGACUCCUGAGAGUCUGUACCCGCAACGAAGCGAGCGUUUUCCAUCCGAAGAAUGUCGAAUACCACCUUGUCGGAAAUAUGGAAAGUUUGCAAACGCACUUCAACCUGAACCAGCUUCACCUCCCAAAGGAGACGAUCAGCGUCAUUCAAGAUAGCCGCUUCGUUUUCAAACCUGUGACGCGGCUGUCCAAAUCAAAGGGCAAGAUAGAGGUGAUCAUCAAGGUGGGCGACCAAUUCGUCCAGAUCACCACGUCCAGGAAACAAGAUGUCUUCACUGGAUUCCGGAUGAGCACAACGGUGAACGACGUCUUCCGCUUGGGAGACAUUGAUGAAGCUGCCACGUCUAUACAGACGGAAGAUGACUCUGCUUUUGGUCUGCGAGCCGACGGCGGUAAGAUUGUCAUGUACUUUACGAGUCCCAUGAAGGCGGACAUUCUUCAGAGCGUGCGAGGCGCCAAGAGCAUCCAGGGCAAGGACAGCAGAACACACAAGCCAACAGAGAGGUUGAUCCGACCACAGGAUGUCCCUGGCACGCUCCUCAACUUGGCCUUGACAAAUCUAUCCAGUGCAGAUCAUGUGCUCAGGGUUUCAUCGUACAAUCUCCUCGGAGCACUUUGCAAGGCCUUCAAGUUCAGCUCAGCUGCGAAGCUUGUCUGUGCCAAAGAUCUGUCCGUGCCUCUCGACGCCAGUAAUUUCAUCGUCAGUAUGAGCAAGGAGCUCGCCAAGACGGAGCCGCAACUGACGUCUGACUUCUUGACCGAGUUCUUUGUCGGCUGGGAGAGCUUCCCCGAAGAACAGAAGCCAUUGAGUCUAGCUUACAUGGCCCCGUGGCUGGCUGGUUUGCGAACCAACGUUCUCUCCAGCGAGCAGGAUCCCGAAAAGGGCCGGGAGCGCGUUGCGCUACUCAUUCGAAAGCUCAUUGACGUGGCCAUUAUUGAUCACGCCCAAUCGUACACGCUGCAGCAGUGCGUUUGGCCGGCCAUUGCACAGGACGAGGUUCUACUUGAAAUCUUCCUCGAUGAGAUAAUGAAGACUUCGAUGGGCUAUAGCAAUCACGACGAGGCACUCGAAAUCAUCUCGUCCAUCGUCGCUGGCGUCGGGAGCGUCACGCUGCGUGGAAAAAUCCUCUCCAGGCUUCGCAAGGCUCUGAAUCGCUCCUCGGUGAGACCAACCAAGUACCUACCAGACAAUGCUGUGUGGGCGGAGAUCUGUAUUCUGCUGCACUUCUGCCUGGCUCUAUCUUUCGAUAACGGCAUCCAGGCCCAGCUAUUUCUUCCCGAAGUCUUCCAUGUCGUGACUAUGCUGUUCAACACGGGCAGCCAGUCCGUCCGCAUGCUGGUGUACAAGCUGCUCAUCAACUCUGUCCACGCGGCGUGCACAUCGUUCGCGCUGGACGACAUCCCGGCCAGCAAGCUGAGGGCGAACCUUGAGGCGCUGGGCGAGCCCAAGGGCGACAUUUUCCCUAUACAUCCCACGUUUGCACGCGAAGGGGCGUCCAUCUCGACGGCGCAGGAUUCUGGCGCCACUCUAGCCGCGACCGAGCAUCUAGCCGCUGUUCUUUUCGAUAUUUGCUACACGGCUGCCCCGUCUUUGGAUAUGUCCAACGCCUGGCGAUCACGAUGGAUGAGUUUGGUGGCUAGUACCGCCUUCCAGAACAACCCUGCUAUUCAGCCAAGAGCAUUCACGGUCAUGGGCUACUUGGCGCGUGAGGAGGUGGACGACGAUUUGCUAUACCAGGUCUUGGUGGCCUUGCGUAGCAGCGUGGGCAGGUUUGAGGAGGAGAGCAGCACGGAGAUGUUGGUGUCCAUCACGACAUCCCUUUCCAAGAUGAUGGCCAAGUUGCCAUCUGCGUCCCGCUACGGACUGCAGUUGUUCUGGCUGGCGAUAUCACUUGUCAGGCUCGUCCCCUCAGCCAUGUUCAAUUGCGCCGCCCAGUUCCUUGAAUCGGUGCUUGCCAACAUUGGCACUGUAGGGGACGUCAGGGGGGAGAACAUGGUCUUCCUGCUGCUUCAGGGCCGCGAGCAGCUCGAUGAGGCCGCCAUCGCUCUGGAUGAAGCACCCACGACGAUGCGCGUGCUGUCGGCCUUUUUGGAAAUGACCACAACUCCUCCAGAGCAGGAGCCUCAUUCUGGUGCGCCUACUGUGUCCAGUUCGCCGUAUCUGGCCCUGAUCCGAGCCAGAGCCACCGGCCACGACGAGCUGAGAGACAGUCUUUGGCGAGCCGGCAUUGACCCAGAGGACCCUGCGUCCGAGACCGUCAACUACCAAGGACGACGUGACGUCCGGACUUUUGCCGACCAUGAGCUGCUGCUCAUCACAGUCAUGGAGAUGGUUGACUUUCAGUACCUCGAAGACGCUGUACAGACACGAAGUCUUCAGUGGCUGAAUGCACUUGCCCAGGCCCGCCCUGCCGUGAUGAUACAUCUGUGCGGUGCCAUGCGAACGAUCCUGGACGACGUGCUGUUACACGGACAGAACUCGGCACCUCUCGAGGCAGCCCAUGCGCUGCUACGAACAUUGACCUCCAACAAGAAAUAUGCACGCGCGAUGAACUCGGGCGGCUCCAUGGCCGAGAUACUGGAACAAAACGGCUUUGGCGGUCUGUGGCGCUCGUGCUCCAUGGGCGCUAUGGACGACAUCCAUCGAGACUGCUUUGACUUGACCGAAAAGCUCAUUGAGCUCAUUAUCAUUUAG